ACUGCAGACCUUGCCCAUUGGGGGCCGACCAUCGUGUUCGAUUCGAUUGUGGUGAACGACCCCGCCCAGCCUAAUGCCCUCGCCCACGCUUAUGAGGAUUGCGUGCGUAAGGACGGCGAUCCGUGCUGGAUCCAUGGCAAGUCCUUUCGGAGGCAGCUUACCGGGCUGGAACGCGUUACCGUCGUGUUGCAGGUCGUCACCCUCGAGCCAGCGCCCUACGAGUCCUCUGAACUGACGAAUUGGUGCAUGGAGUACCUUGGAUCUCGUCAGGCUCUGGUCAACAACGUGUUGGCAACCGUGUCUAUGGAGGCCACAACAGACAGGGGGGAGGGAUCCCCGGAGCUCGACCGCACGCAGUCGUUGCUAGCGAGUGACGUUCCGAACCCGUUUGUGUGCCGACGCUCCACCAAGUCGAGGUCGUCGUACUGGCUCGCUACCAAGAACGCCGCUGGUGAGUGGGUGUUUGCGGACAGUCCCCGCCAAGCCCGGUAUACCAAGUGGGUGAACAAGCUCAUCCCGCUACGGGGCGAGGGAGGCAGCCAGUCCACCUCCCGGGCGGGAGGGGAGUCCCACCCAGCAAGCGCGUCGAAGGGUCCCUCCACUGCGAGGUCGGAGAGCCGUAGCCAGUCCCAGACGAAGGUUGGGAACGUCUUCAUUUACACCGUUUCUGGACAACCUCCUGUACAAGUUGAGUUGGACGCCCAACCAGAGGGUCACAUGCUCACUGUCAAGAUGCGGCAGGAAGCGCUCGUGCAAGCCCUUGGCUUGAAUGUGCGAACACGCAACCUGGAUCGCAAGAUCGAGGUGUACGAUCCGAUUGCGUCGAAAUGGUUCCAUCCCUCGCACGACAAGCUCUGGUUCCGCUUGAACAUCAAGGAAGGGCUCGUCCUUCGGGCAAGUGGCGUGCGUUUCAUGCCUGGACUGGAGGAUUGUGUCCUUAAGACGUUGGCGAAAGCUCUUCGGCCAGGCACUGAGGAGUUGCCCCCUUUCCUUGCCUAUGCUGCAGCGCGCUCCUACCCGACCUUUGGGGACCAACCCCCACUCACAGUGAUGUCUGCGUCGGUGUCACAUCCCACCAACCUUCCCCUUACUCGUGGCUCUUUGGCUGGUCACAGUGCCCUCAAGACCGACACCUCCCGUGUCCGCGGUGGGCGUGUCCCCACCGCUAACGCAAUGAAGCCAGGCACUGGCACCGCCUCUCGGGUCAGCCAGGAUCCCAUCAAGAUCUCUGACGACGACAACAAUGACAACAACGUCAUCGUGGGUCGGCAGACUAGGAAGGACGCUUCUCCUGGGAAGAUCGCCAAUUCGGCGUCGCGGCAGGGUGCUAGCAUCUCCACCGAGGACAAGCCUGCAACUAAGGCGAUGAAGCGACGUCGCACUCACCCUCGCAAGUGGGUGAUGGGUGACGUGAUCGACAUCUCCUCUGACGACGAUACCACCCUCCCCGAGCGCAAGCGUGCUCGUGCUCACGCGACGCUCUGGAGCACGCGCGAGGUCGUCAAGCUACCUACAGACAAGGACACCACUACCAUGGGCGACAAGCGCGCUGGCGUGCAGGCGACUAAGUCUCAAUCAGGCAACAUCAUCGAGAUCUCUUCAGACGAGGACAUCACUCCCACCACCAAGACGCGCAGGCCCAAGCGCGUCUUGCGGCAGGUCAAAGAUCUGCAGCGGGUGACGAUUCCCCCCCCCGUGAGGUUCCACGGGUCUCGCCAGCGUCCGAGUAGCAUGCUUGAGGUCGGGACACAUUCCCAAGACAACGCCGCGGCCGCGGUGUCCCUACAGACCGCUGUGACUAGUGCAGUCACCUCGCCUGCGCAAGUUGCCUCAACGUCCUUGGCGGGCGUCCCUCUGGUGACGUCGGUGUCCACAGGUUGCACUGGGGCUGUCCAGAGGGAGAGCUCUCCCUCUCCCUGCGCACCGUCUAUGGUAGUGCACCCCAGGGCUUCGCCCAGUGAUCGGAAGGGGAAAGGCAGAGCGGAGGAUGAGCGUGAUGACGAGUCUGACACUACGCUGGUGUGA